GAUGAACAAGCGAACCUGUCACUAGCGCCCCGAUUUGUUAUGCGCAUGCGCAGCAUUUUCCCCCAAACCAAGAUGGCGGUGCAAGAAACAGCUGCUCAACUCUCUAUGGCUCUUAAGGUUCAAGAAUAUCCAACUUUGAAGGUUCCAUAUGAGACCUUAAAUAAGCGCUUCCGUGCAGCGCAGAAGAACAUAGACCGUGAGACGAGUCACGUGACCAUGGUGGUGGCCGAGCUGGAGAAGACCCUGAGCAGCUCCUUCCCUGUGGUGGACUCUGUGGUCUCCCUGCUGGAUGGUGUGGUGGAGAAAUUAAGUGCGCUCAAACGGAAGGCGGCAGAAUCAAUCCAGGCUGAAGAUGAGAGCGCUAAGCUCUGUAAGCGGCGUAUUGAACACCUGAAAGAGCACAGCAGCGAUCAGCCGGCUAAUGUAAGCGUGUGGAAGAGGAAGCGCAUGGACCGCAUGAUGGUGGAGCACCUGCUGCGCUGCGGCUACUACAACACUGCUGUCAAGCUCGCCAAACAAAGUGGGAUCGAGGAUUUGGUCAACAUUGAGAUGUUCCUCACUGCAAAAGAAGUGGAGGAAUCACUUGAAAGGCAGGAAACAGCCACCUGCUUGGCCUGGUGCCAUGACAACAAGUCUCGUCUGAGGAAAAUGAAGAGCUGUCUGGAGUUCAGUUUAAGGAUCCAGGAAUUUAUUGAGCUCAUUCGACAGAACAAACGCAUGGACGCAGUACGACAUGCACGGAAACACUUCAGCCAAGCAGAAGGCGGGCAGCUGGAUGAGGUUCGGCAGGUGAUGGGCAUGCUGGCAUUUCCUUCUGACACUCACAUUUCCCCAUACAAGGACCUUCUGGAUCCAGGCCGCUGGAAAAUGCUGAUCCAGCAAUUCAGAUACGACAAUUACAGAUUACACCAGCUGGGGAACAACUCUGUGUUCACUAUCACUCUGCAGGCAGGGCUGUCUGCCAUCAAAACCCCACAGUGUUACAAAGAGGAUGGUUCCUCUAAAAACCCAGACUGUCCUGUAUGCAGCAAGUCCCUGAACAAGCUGGCUCAGCCUCUCCCCAUGGCCCACUGCGCAAACUCUCGCCUGGUGUGUAAAAUCUCCGGGGAGGUCAUGAAUGAGAAUAAUCCACCCAUGAUGCUGCCUAAUGGCUAUGUUUAUGGCUAUAAUUCUCUCUUGUCUAUUCGCCAAGACGACAAGGUGGUGUGCCCCAGAACCAAAGAAGUCUUCAACUUCUCCCAGGCUGAGAAGGUUUACAUCAUGUGAUGAGGCCUCCAGAGCAUAGUUCAAGCUUUUUUUUUUUUUUUGUAAUGACACCACCCUGGGCUCAAUGAAUCCCAAAACGACGAAACCUGUAGUCUGAAGGCCUCUGUUCCUCAGCCCGUGUUCCAUGAGACUGAAUUCAGUUGCCCUCUGCCAAACCUUUUCUGAGAAAAAAGGUUUCUAGUCCAUUGGAGGUUUUUACUAUACAACUGAAUGGUGAAAAUAAGGAAGAACAAUACAUCAUUUCAAAAAGGUUAAUAUUUCGGCAUUUUCCUUUACUGGCUUCUUGACAGUUGUGUGAUGACAAAAGGACAUAGCUCCACAUCAUAUAUCAGAGAGCUUCUUCCUUUUUAGUGUGCUUAAAAAUGACCAUUCAUUUUAAUCAAGGGUGCCCAUGUUUAGAGCAUAAUACGGUCCACUUUCCAAUAUCUUCCCUGAGCACCUGUAAAAUUGGUUACUGCAUAUGGUUAGUUAAUACCGGCACAUUUUCACACACAUGUUCACUGCCAUUGCAGUUAGCUCAUAGAAAGUGUAGUAGAGUAAGUGGCAAUACUUCACACACAAUUCUCAGUUGAUGUAACUAGGUGUAGAAAGACAUUGCAGUUUGUUGGUAGCUAUUUGUGAAGGGUUGUUAUUAGACUAAACUUUACAUCACAUGCCGUGUUUUGAUAGGUUCAUCAUUACAAUACAGACUACUUGUGUCCAUGACCAACAUGCAACUUGUUGGGUCAAGUGUAGCAGGAUUUUAUUGUGACUAAGUCUAAAAUAUCAAGGUUUGUGAGGACAUUCUGUGAGGAAAUCUGUGUUACCAUACAAAUUAUCCAUGAUCUCAUGUCAGAUUUAGUGGUGUUUUUGGCUUCAAGAAGAAUGCAUUCAUUUAGAGGUGUGCACAAAAGAGUUUUUCAAUCACACUCCCACCUGCUCUUGUAGAAAGACCAAUCCUGUUCAAUUCUGUAGUGCCGCAAUAUAUUCUAAUGAAGCUAGCCGGUUUUAUUUACCCAAAAUAAAAAGAACUGAGUAAUUAAUACCACAGUUACCCUCCCCAGGAUAAAGCAGGUAAUGAUACUGAAUGAAUGAACGUCAGUACACUUGAUGUGGCAGUAUUUUUGUGCCACGAGCAGAUCCCACAGUGAUCCCAGUCUCGAUGCACACCUCUGCGUUCGUUCACCAAAGCAGCCUGUAGUGUCUGAAUCUCAGGUUAGAUUGACAUCAUACAUGCUACAUCAUAAAGCCUGACUCACUGUGUCUCCAUACCUCACAAGACCAUUAUUUGUUGCUUCCCAUUUCCAAAAAAAUAGACUGUCUUCCUAUUUUGUGUUAGGUCUUAAUGGUAAGGGCUACAUAGGUUUGGGAUUGAUAAGGUCUUAACCACUUUGUCAUGUGAUUUUAAAAAAAAUAUGCUUCAGAUAAUCAUGAGCAUUUUUUCGAUGAAGCGCUAAAUAGUUUUGUGUCAUUGUUCAAGCACACAUUUUCUAUUUUAGACUCCACACCAUUCAGAUUUUCCCAUUCAGAUAGUUAGGUCAUCUAUGAGCACCUAUUUUUUUAAGCACACUGUCCUUUUUUUCCUUUAUACUUGGGCAAGCUGCUUUCAAAUGUGCUAUUUUAUUGUAAGUGUGGAAAGGCUACUUAGAUACUGCUCUUGCAUGUGUGUACUCAUAGAGUAGUUGGGUUGUUCAUGUUUAGUCAAAUAAAAAAUUAUUUGAAUAAA